AUGCAUUUCCACCUGCUACCUACUCUUUUCAUUUGUUCUCAUCUGACCAUCCUUCUCCAGGCAUCGCCCCUACCCCACAACACUGGCAUACCCGGAGCAAGCCACAAGACAGCGUCAUCAAAGCCCUACCCUCCAAACAUCACAAUCACCUGCGUCGAUUUCCUAGGCGACGUCCAAAGCGCGACAACAUGCGUCAAACGCGAUCUAGGCUUUCAAGGCCAGAUAGGCGAGUACGUCCUGCUCAGCUACGGCGACACAAUGUACUCGGACGCCAACAACAGCGACACCUGGCGCGGAAUGACAAGCGACUCUCUCGCCCUAGCCACUCACGACCCGUUGGUCGUCGUCGACCCAGUUCUCAACAACGACGGAUAUCCACCACAAUUCUGCCCUAUAGUGUCGUCCUUUGACGAAGAUCCAGCGGACUGCGCUCUGGGCAUCACCAACGCCGUCGAGACCACCAACGAUAAUGGGUUAUGUUCUUCCUGCUCAAUCACCGCCCCAACGGCACGAACAAUCUUGUUGGCGCAGGUGUUGCGACUUAUCCAGCGCCUGGCGAAGUACUGGUGGGACGCCACAUGUGAGCCAUGGUACGGCGAUAUCUGCGCUCUGCGUUCUGGGGCUUAUGUCUACGCGUACGGUCACGGCGGCGAGGGCAAUCCAUAUGUGUACCUUGUGAGAGUGGCUGUCGAGAACGCCACGGAUCUCUCUGGCUACGAGUACUGGAACGGUGAAGGUUGGCAGACUGAGAGCUUGCAAACAAAGUCGCUUGGCGAGAAGGAGAGUAUCUUCUGGCAGAUCAAUCAGGGUCAGGUCGUUUGGUCAAGUUACUUCGGAUGCUUUAUCUUCGUUUAUUGUGAUAACUGGAUGAACUCGAAAGUUCUGAUGAAGACAGCGCAACGACCCGAAGGACCUUGGUCAGACCCUACGACAUUGUAUCAGGCCACGCCUCUUACCGAGGGAAGCUCGAUCUACGCUGCGGUGCCGCAUCCUUAUUUCGAUGAGUCGGGACGGACGCUGGUCGUUACCUUUACGAAUCAUCCUAAUGUCGUGCAGGCAGUGAAGUAUCCACCGACACCGCACAUGCCAGAAGAUUGGAUAUCAGUCUGCCUCACCCACUUCCCAUCGACUAACUUUGGGCGGAAUGAGUACCUCUACGAGGCUACGAGGUACAGAAGCCCAGAGCUCUUGCUGUUACCUCAUCAGCAAUGGGUUGUGUGCGUUCCUCUGAUUGUCUCUAGAUGGGGACGAUAUGGGCAAACUCUCUACUACACUAGCUUACCAUCUCAAGAUAAUGAGAAAAUAUACCUCAAGGUCGCUUGGCGAUAUAACCCCCCAUUCUCGGCGAUGGUGAGUCUCUCUGACGACGUUUCUCAUGCCCUGUUGGAUCCUUCGGCGGCAAGUACAAAUUCAAGAAGAUGUGCCGACCAUGGUCAGACCGAAGACCGAGAUUCAGGCUACUAUUGCAUCACAUCCUCUGACACCGAACAAUGCGGGUCUCCCUGCUCUUGCCAGCCUCGUGCUAGCCGACUCAAGCUACACGUGCGAGAAUGUGACUCUACUGCUCAACUUCCAGAGUAUUGCUAUAUCCAAGCUGUGAUCGGCGGCCGGAUCAAUGCCUGGGCCAAGCUGCCUGCUACCUCCGACUAUAAUGGCAGAUUUGUUCAAUGGGGCUGUGGCGGUGCCUGUGGGAUCAACCCUUUCGACAGUGAUCAGGACAAUCAAACCACGGCUCUUGUUGAAGGUUACGCCCUUACGACAACCGACAUGGGCAACUCCGGCGACGGUUCCUUCUUCCCAUUCUUCAACAACCUGCAGUGCAAGAUCGAUUGGGGUUACCAAGCCACGCAUGCCACGGCCGUCUUCUCCAAACUCCUCGUCAAAGCAUACUAUGGCAGUGCUCCAUCAUAUGCUUACUUUAUCGGGAGCUCAACCGGCGGUCGCCAAGGCCUUGUCGAAGCACAAAGAUUUCCAGGGGAUUUUGAUGGCAUUGUCUCAGUCGCGCCAGCGUAUAAUGAGACUGGUAUCACAACGUACCAAAUGUCCUGGAACACGGCCGCUUGUAUAUCGAAUGACACAGACACCACCGACCCGAUACUGACGGCCGACCAGCUGACUUUUAUCACCGACGCCGUUCUAGAUGCUUGCGAUGGGGAAGACAGCUUUGUGGACGGGAUCUUAUCCAAUCCCCGUGCUUGCUCCUUCAAUCUCACUGCCCUGGCUUGCUCGUCGGGAUUAAUUUCGAAUUCAUCUCAAUGUCUCAGUGCAGCCGCCGUAGCCGCGGCGCGCAGCAUCUACGUUGGGCCGCAAAACUCCAACGGCACCUAUCUUACCCUGGAAGGUCUUCUUCCCGGUUCUGAAGGCGCCUGGAGUGGUCCAUUGUGCCCAACUGAGGAGGAAACUGCCGGGUUUUAUACCUUUGCCACCCAGUAUUUCUCGUACUAUGUCUUCAACCCGGACGCCGUGGGGGAGACGGCCUACACCGAAAACUUCGAAUACGGAGGAAUUUCUGAUUUGUUCAAGUUCAAGGAGCUUGGCGGUCGACUGAUCAUGUCGCAGGGGUUGAGAGAUUACGCUGUGCCACCGUGGUUCGCGAGGGAUUACUACCAGAGAGUCAUAACCACGAUGGGUGGGUAUGAGAGUACGGUCGACUUCUUCAAAUACUACGAAAUGCCCGGCGUCAACCACGUCAGUGGAGGUCCUGGCGCGGAUACGUGGGACGAGAUUGGCCUCAUAGCAGCCUGGGUGAAACGUGGUGAGGCUCCCGGGACCAUCAUGGCAUCCCACCUUGACGACGGCGUGGUGAACUUCAUGCGACCGCUGUAUCCCUACCCUUCUCUUCCCUUCUACAACAGUAACACCUCGGAGUUCUACGCCUUCAACGCUUCGGCAUCAGGAUUGAGAGGUUACGACAUCUAUUAG